AUGGCAGACUUCAACAUCCUCGGUGUUAGCCCUGCAUUCCUGAACUUGCUUUCGAAGAAAGACAAGAAAGGCUUCGACUUCUUCGCUGACGUUCUUACCAUGAAUGCUGAAGACACUCUAGCGUUACUGAAGACGACCGGGCUUGGUAAUUGGCGCCAGCGAGUCAAGCGCACCCUGAUCGAGAAGCUGGAGUCUGACGAAACAUUCGAAGUUCAGGGAAAGGAUGCUAUAAGUUGGAAGUGCCUGAAUGACGAACGGGCCAACACAAGGCUCCAGAAGCCGCAACAAGAGAUCUAUGACGACUACAAGGAGUACCUGGAAACCGCUGGCUCUGAGCACUCAUCAGACGAUGAAGGCUGCAACGCGACUGUUUUUCACCUUCCCGAGGUGUACAGCAAGACCCGUGAUCUAUUCCGAAACAGCACUGGAAGUUAUGGAGAACCGUUCGAAUACACCCAGCUUCCAUUCUAUUCGAAGGAGAGGAGACGGGCUACGCGAAACGUAGAUGGUUUGAAGUAUCGAGGUGAGGGAAUGAAGCUUGUCAAGGACACCGCGAAGAUGCAGCGCAAGAAGGUAGCAAUCGUGAAGGAGAGGCUGCAAAUGUUUCACGACUAUGGUUAUGGUUCGGACAGUGAGAAGACUCGAGGGCGAGCAGAAGACCGUGUCUAG